AUGGCUACAUUCGUCGUGUUCGGUGUUGUUAUCUACUUCCAGGGCUUCCGUGUUGAUCUCCCAAUCAAGUCCGCUCGGUAUCGUGGACAGUACAGCAGCUACCCUAUCAAGCUCUUUUACACCUCCAACAUCCCGAUCAUUCUCCAGUCCGCUCUUGUCUCUAACCUCUAUGUUAUUUCGCAGAUGCUCGCAGCCAAGUUUGGAGGAAAUUUCCUCGUCAACCUUCUUGGAACAUGGUCAGAUGCUUCUGGAAGCUACCGUAGCUACCCCACUGGAGGUAUAUGCUACUAUCUCUCGCCACCUGAUACACUGUCUCAUGUGCUGGAGGACCCUAUCCACUGCAUUGUCUACAUCGUGUUCAUGCUUGGAUCAUGUGCGUUCUUCUCCAAGACAUGGAUCGAUGUGUCUGGCUCUUCUGCGAAGGACGUAGCCAAGCAACUGAAGGAGCAGCAGAUGGUAAUGCGCGGUCACCGAGAGAAGUCGAUGAUCCACGAGCUCAACCGGUACAUCCCAACGGCAGCCGCUUUUGGUGGUCUGUGCAUUGGAGCCCUUUCCGUAACUGCGGACUUCAUGGGAGCUAUAGGAAGUGGAACUGGUAUUCUUCUCGCUGUCACGAUUAUCUACCAAUAUUUCGAGAUCUUUGUCAAAGAACAGCAAGAAAUGGGAGGCAUGGCUGCCAUGUUCUUCUAA